GGUAACUUAGGGCUAUGUGGACCCAUGAGACAAGCCGCAGGGGGGAUCUAAAUACUUUAAGGGUAUCGAGCGUCCCCUCCGCUCAAGUAGGAAUUGGUUGCGAACAAUGGAAUAAAUCAACAUACCAUGACAUAAAACCUAUUGUUGUCGAGAGACUUUUGUUCCCCCGAAACACGUGUAUUGACAAUAAACGAAACCGCACGUGCCAAAAAUGGCACUGCCGACAUUGCGAACUUCGGUUGGCGCAUCGGGCAUAGCCUCUCCAUCUCCCAUCGAGAAAGCAACAGAUAUAUCCGAGCAAAAAGAAAUUGAAGCAAUCUGGAAAGAUGUCUACAGGAAAGUAGUCGAGCUCGCCGGUGGGGACCCGAGAAGGGUACAGAGCACCCUCGACAUCAACGCUGUUCUCAAGUACGUCGAUGACGUGCAGGCCUCAGGCAAAAAGAAGUCCGAGAAGUAUGGAACGUUCAAGACCGUAGUCCAUAAAACCUUGCAAUGUAUAAACCAUGUGGGGGGAAUAGUUACCAGUGGUCUCUCAACCGUCUUUGCCCCAGCGGGGAUGUGCUACAACGCACUCACAUUCGUCAUCCAAGCAUGGCAGGGUUAUGAAGGUAUUUUCGAUAAUCUCGCUGAGCUGCUUGAGAAAUGUACAGAAUUCCUCGAACGCCUAGAGUCCUACCAAGGACGGAUGGACAAGAGGCUUACACUUGUCGCGGUCCAAAAUCUCCAACUGUUCGUCGAGAUAUGUGAUCGCAUGAUGAGGUUACGCAAGAAGCACAACAAAUUAUUUGCUUUCACAAAACAGUUAUUCUUGAAUGACAACGGUAUCCAAGACUUGCUCAGCUAUAUGGAUCGCCUCAACAGCAAAGAAGCCCUUCUAGUCAAUGCACAGACUUAUAAAAUAGUGAGCGAUAGCGCUGGAGACAUCAAGUUGAUACUCGACGGUCAGAACCAGCAGAAGAAGGAACAAGAUUUGAAGAAAUGGAGGUUAGCCAUUGCAAAGGCGUUGGGCUUUCCUCCCGCGUCAUUGGACAAAGACGGGGAGCCGAUUCCGUCUUGGCAAAAAGCUUUGGACGCUCGCAAGAACAUGCUUGUAGAGGACACUGGCAAGUGGAUUUUAGAAAACGAGGAUUUCUUGGAAUGGACCGACCCAAAAUCCUUCAGAAAACCCGUGAUGGUCUUGGAAGGCAGAAAUGGCUCUGGAAGAACAUCAGCGAUGGCCAAUACUAUGAGGUAUCUGAAGAAGGUAACUCGGGUUGGACCCGCUUCUCGAAUCAUUACUCCUUACUUCUUUGUAGAUACUGACAAGAAGAAAUCCGACGAUGAGGACACAAGUAGUGUUCUGGAGGUGGUUUCGCGAGCAUUGCUUUGGCAGAUUGCGACCUCCUACGAAGCCAUGACCAAAUCCGUAUACAACGCCCUCGAGCGAACCUCUGAAUUUGAUAGUUCGCUUGAACUCUGGCAACAGCUGUUCAUUACCAACAAGGAGCUUAUGAACCCGGAUACAGUAGUCUUCAUUUUUAUCGACAAUUUCGACAAGACUCUUGUUCCGCUUCUCGAGAAGCUAACCUCCGAAUCCGCGUGGAAGAAAACUCGCGUCUUCUUGACUGCUCAACCGCAAACGGUCUCAGAAUGGCUCGAGAAAGAGCAGAGGGUCGAGUACAGUGUAAUCCCAAUUUCCGAAAAUAACAGUGACGACAUUGAAAAGUAUAUCAUAUCUCGAAUGGACAAUAUGCCUAUCCUCAAAAAUACUAGCCGCCCAGGAAUUUCUGAGUGGCGAGAUAUGAUCCUAAGGACGUUGCGCUUCAAGUGUGCUGGCGAUUAUUUCAAGCUAAACACAAGUCUCCACGCCCUUUCAAAGGUCGACCUGAUUGAUGAUAUCAACGAGGUACUUGCGGACGCCGAUAGGACACGCGUUGACCAGGUAGAUGCUGAGAUUCGACGCCUCAAUAAUUCUCGCACUGUUAAAGAGAUCCAAGAAAUGAACGAGAUUAUCCUUUGGAUAGAGACUGGUCGGCGCUGGUUCACAACCGAAAUAAUGGAAAACCUCUUGGCCGUAAAAUACUGGAAUAGCUCUGUCGCACAGGCCGGAGGCCGUGUUAUCCCACUUACGCGGCGGAGGACGAAUUCGCCAAAUACCGAGAGCAUUUCUGAGACUGCCCCAACAACUCUUACCAUAUCACUACUCCCUUUUGCUCAAAAGUUAGCAGAGAAAUAUCCGAUAUUCGCUGUAAAGGAUUCAGGGUUCGUCGGUUGGCGCUCUCCAGAGGUUAGAGAUAGAAUUCCGUCAAAAAGUUCCGACCAAAAUGUUGCGCUAGACGUCGCGGCCUCGGGUCCGCAAACAAUUCAGGAGUCUGAAAUCUCCAUUGUUCAGCAUUUCCUCAACAAUGUAUGCCCCCCUGAACUUUAUCAGAGGUUUGAAUUCGAGCAAUUUUUCCAGACGAAGCUCGGCGCGAAGCAUAAAGAGUAUAUCUGUCUUGACCCCGACAACGCGGAGAUCAAAGCUGUUAUAGCCUGCUUGACAAUACUUACGGAGAAAGAGCUGAGGAAUAAUCGUGAUCUCCGUCAGUAUGCGAUCAAUUGGCUAUACAGCCAUAUGAAAGGGGUUGACCUCUCGGCUGCCGAUCGGGAACUAAAGGCUCAAGCUGGCCCGCUUCUUGUUAAGCUCUUUACAGAGGAAUGUGGAAUUGACUCCUUAUUCUGGCCUUUUGAGUUAGAUGUGAGCAAACAAACUUGGGAAGACGACGAGUGCCGUGACAUUCGCCAGGCUCGAAUCGAAUGGCUUUAUUCUACAAACGGCCUCCGAGAGGUUUCUCUCUGGCUGCAUGAUUCUUCAGUGACGAAGCGCAUUACCACUGACGCAGGUGCUUCAUUUGUCGCACAAGUGAAGGCCUCUACCAAUCUACACAAGACAGUACUCUCCUUUGCUGCCAAGCAUAUGGCAGACCACCUAUUCCGUGGUGUGGAAUUCCUCCCUCGCCAAUUCUUUUGUGCAAGCUGUUUUAUCCGCGGGUAUUUAUCACGGCUUGACCCAGAAAGGUCAUCCCAGAUGCUAAAUGACUCAUUUGAAUAUACCGGAGUAAACAACUCGGAGAUUUUGGAGAAGUUCGAAAGCUGGCAAUUCCCACUUGAGCAGGUGAAUGAGAUUGAGGAGUUCGCAGCAGCAGUACUUGAAAAGUCGCCGGAAGAGGAAUCAAGCUGGGAGAUCCACGGUUCACUUAUUGUAUUUCAACUAUGCGGUUCCGAAGAUGGCGCCGUUGAGAUUUAUCGAUCGCGUGCACAGAAGGCCGUUGAUCUUAAUCCCCGGAAUUGGCACGCGGUCCACUUCAUCGCCAAGCAACGCAGCACUAGCAAUGAGGAAGCAGUGAAGCUGCUAUCGCAGGCUAAACAAGAAAUCGACGAGCUUCGCAGCGGAAACCCGGAUUGGAUCAGGGAUGCUUCUAACUCAGCGCUGCUUGCACGCAUCACAUUAGACCUAGGAGACCGCCUGUGGGACGCGUCUCAAGACUAUCAGCUCGCUGCACGUACACACAGAGAGAGUCUCGAGUACGAGUACGUCCGUUUCACAGCCUAUACAGGAGUGCUUGCUCGUUACCAGGAACACGGGGCAUUCCCCGAGUUCAUUGCAUUUAUCGAGACUUUGAACAAAACUAGCCAGAUUUGGGCCGAGUAUUUCGACGAGUUGGUUCACCAUUUCGUCUAUGAGUUGACAAUUGUUUCCCAACCUAACAAAUUAGCCCAAGCUGCGAACGAAACCAAUCGUUGGGACGUUAUCGAAGCACUUUUCACUUUAGCGCUAGAUAUGGGCAUAAAACGAGACAAUCAUGACCUCCUAUUCCUUCUCCGGUACGGCUUUGCUAAGACAUUCGCAGAGGCCGCAGACGGAUCACAGGAAGAUAAAGUCAUUGUCAUCCAGGAGGAAGCUCUUGCGGAUGUCAAGUCUCAUCCUAGUGACGAGCUGUCUCGGUCUGAAAUUGACGACAUGAGCAAUUCCCUCGCCGAGAGCUACUUGCGUAAAGCAUUUCAGCCAGGCCUGGUCGUUGAUAAGAUUGACUUUUAUGGCGCUCGCAUCGCCGACUUGCUACCAGACGUCACGGACGAUAGGAUAGAUAUCUGGUCGAAUAACGUCAAGAUAUGUUGCUUGAUACGAUACCAUCAUAAGCGCAGUAGUAAUUCGAAGCUUGCCAAGGAAUGGAUCCGAAGAAUAGUGCGAACAUGCGUCGAGCUGCUCUCGGAUGACGACGUGGACAACGAUGGAAUGGCCUUCUGGCUGCUGGAUCGUUUACUGACCACUGUCGAGGAUGCCAGGCAUACCCAAAUUGUGUCGCACAUGCAAAAUGCGACGCAGAAUUAUGCGUUGACUAUGUGGCAAGAUUGGACGAUCAAUUCUGUCAAUACACCGGCUAUCACAAUAGCAAACGGUGACUCGAACUCUAAGGCUCAUGACACUGUGCUUCAAAAGAGCAAGAAUGCGGUGCACGACCCACUCACGCCGUCGAAAGUUGGCGAUGACGAGGUUAUUGAAGCUUUCGAGAAGCCGGCUGCGUACCUCUCGUGUGAUGGCUGCGACAAGCAGUGGAUGGUAGCGGAUGAGCCGCUGUACAUGUGUGCAGAUUGCCUGGGGCAAACGCAUUUCGAUAGAGAAUGCUACGAGCGGCAUAAAAAGGGCGAGCUGAAGAAGAAGGGGUUAAGGUGCAUGAAGGUGCACGCCUUCAUCGAAGUGCCUGGUUUCGAUGCGAGGUUGUAUGAAGACAUACCAAAGGGUUCGGUGCCUCUACCGGAUGCCAAGCCUGGAGAGAAGCUAUGGAUAUCUCUUGGUGAGUGGAAAGAUGAGCUAACGAAGCUGUAUUUAGACGGUGGUACUGUUGAAGUAAAGGCGUAGACGGUGGUCUAAGCAGGACUUGGUUUAAGGCUAAUGUGUUUACGAUGAAGACAUACUGGCGAAAGAGAUGACGAUGGGUGGGUUGGGAUAUGAGAGAAAUACUGUUUACAGGUAGUUGAUGAGUUAUGAGAGAAGAGAACAAGCCAGGUUAGGCUGUGUAAAGAUAUCAGGUAUAUCAAACUCUAUAUUUUUCUUUGGCGCUUGAAAGAAUGCCUAUGAUAUAUUGUUGUAGGUUGCAAGGUUUGCAAGAACGCGGAGUCUCUGCCCAGAUUAAGUAGUACAAUGCAUACAGUGCCGUAGAAGGUGCCUAUCUGGUGUAUUUACCCGGUAGGUACAGUGGACUUGUGUAAGCAUUUUAGCAAUUUACACUGUACAGUAGUGUAAACCGUACAAUACCUAAAAAUACAACCCAAUAAACUUCCCCUUGAAGCCUUUCUACGGUUACGGUUCCUGUAU